UUUUCCCAGGUCUGCUCUUCACCAGGGCCCGCAACCCGGGAGUCCUGGGACUUGGCCCGCGACCCUCACAGAAUUUCGCGUACUGAGAGGGAAGAGGCGGUGGCGAGGACCCUUCCAUAAUCCCUGUCAAUUAGAAAUGUUCCACUGUCAGGCUCCGCGCGGUGUCGCUGCUCCGACCCCUAGGCGACUGGACGAGACCCCGCCCUUCUGGGUUCCGGAAUAUCGCCCCCAACCCCUGCCUUUUUAUACCGACGAAACUGUAAAUAUAAUAAUAAUGAUUGAAUACAACUUUUUGGCAACACAGGUCUACUGAUGAGAAGAAUGGAAUUCUUUUAACAGGGAUAAGAUUUUACUUAAUUGGGGUUCAAAGUUAGCUCUCCAGCACCAACAUGGACUGCGAAAGUUCAUCUGUUAAUGUUUCAAACCCAGUGAAUAUUUGGUCUACAAAUAUCAAGAGCACCAGCUUUGGAGUCAGUACAGACCUGUGUCUGCUGCAUAGCUGAAAUCUUGGGCAGUAAGUACACUCUAAUCCUCCAGCUUCUUCUGGUAAUCUACUCUGGAAAGCUCUUUCAGUUUGGCAUGGCAGAAAAAGCAAUGUGCAUGUCCACACAAAUACCCGACGAUGAAGAUAUACAAAGAGAAAAUAAUGUCCGUGGUUUAACUAUGCUUGGUCAUUUUGGUUUUGAAUGUUUGCCUCAUCAGUUGGUGAACAGAGCUAUUCAAAAAGGAUUUUCUUUUAAUAUUCUCUGUGUGGGGGAAACUGGACUUGGAAAAUCAACACUGAUUGACUCAUUGUUUAAUACGAAUUUGAAAGAAAAAAAAUCUUCACAUUUUAACUCAAAUGUUGAACUUAAAAUUCGGACAUAUGAACUCCAGGAAAGUAAUGUGCAGUUGAAGUUAACUGUUGUGAAAACGGUGGGAUAUGGUGAUCAAAUGAACAAAGAAGGAAGCUACCAACCAAUAGUUGGCUACUUAGAUGCUCAGUUUGAGUCCUAUUUUCAAGAAGAAUUGAAAAUUCAACGUUCCUUUGUUGACUACCAUGAUUCUCGUGUCCACGUGUGCCUUUACUUCAUUUCACCUACAGGACAUUCUCUGAAGUCCCUCGAUCUAUUAACCUUGAAGAGCAUUGACAAUAAGGUGAACAUUAUACCACUGAUUGCCAAAGCUGAUGCAAUUUCUAAAAAUGAUUUACAGAAAUUUAAGUAUAAGAUAAUGAGUGAAUUGGUCAAUAAUGACAUCCAGAUAUAUCAGUUCCCAACAAAUGAUGAAAGUACUGCUCAAAUGAACUCCUCAAUGAAUAAACACUUACCUUUUGCUGUAGUGGGGUGUAUAGAUGAGGUGAAAGUUGGAAAAAGGAUGGUCAGAGGCCGACAGUACCCUUGGGGAGUUUUACAAGUGGACAAUGAAAAUCACUGUGACUUCGUUAAGCUCCGGGAUAUGCUCCUUUGUACAAAUACGGAAGACCUGAAAGAACAAACCCACACCCAGCACUAUGAACGUUAUAGGUGCUUCAAACUGCAAAAAAUCGGCUUUACUGAUGUGGGUCCAGACAACCAGCCAGUUAGUUUUCAAGAGAUCUAUGAAGCUAAAAGACAGGAGUUUUAUGAUCAAUGCCAGAGGGAAGAAGAGGAAUUGAAAAAGAAGUUUAUGCAGAGAGUAAAGGAGAGAGAAAUAGCAUUUAAAGAAGCUGAAAAAGAACUACAGGACAAGUUUGAGCAUCUUAAAAGAAUCCAGCACGAGGAGACAAUAAAACUUGAGGAGGAGAAAAGACAAUUGGAAGAAGAAAUGAUGAAUUUUUAUAAGAUGAAGGCUGGCUCUGAAACGCUGCAGACUCAGGGUUACACCAAUAUAAAAAAGGACAAAGAUCGUAAGAAAUAGCUCUCUCUUAACCAUUCUCUGUUGUAGAGCCCUGUCGCCCUUUACCUUAUCUUCCUGAGAUUGUUUUCGUAGCUCUGAUGAAAGUUCUACCAAUUUUUAAAAUUUGCUUAUUGUGCAUUUUCUCCAGCUCUCAAGAGCAGGUGCCUUGUUAUCUGCUGUAUCAUCAGCAUCUUAUUAGAACAAAGGUUACCACAGAGUUGGCACUCAGUAAUGUUCAAUAUGCUAAAUGAAAUCGAAUCAAAGAAAUAUAUGGCACAGUGUAAAAACUGUUGAUUAGCAUAAAAAUUAUUUUAGCAUAGCAUUGCCUGUGGCUCACAUAUACAAGUACAAUGAUUUUUUUGUUAAUCUAAGUAGAAGAUUUGUAGGGGGGGGUCAUAGGCAUAAAAUAUUUUUAUAAAAAGAUGCUUCUUAGGGAUCAUUCUCCUUAUCAAAAUCUACUGAUAAUUAUUUCUUGAUAGUUUUUAUUAUAAUAAAAGAUUAAGUUUUUGAUUAGAACUAUACUUUGAUGUCAGUCCUUAUAAAACCACAAUAUGCAGAAGUUAGAGCCAGAGAACAAUGAGAAACCAUAACUAACAUUUUGAUGACAUUGUGCCUUAUAGAUUUUGGAAAUGUGUUAAAACACAAGUUAGCAAAGUAUUAGAAAAUAAGAUAAUUUCUUUGUAAUUUAAAAAAUUUCCUUCCAGCAUCAAAACCAUACCAGUUCUAUAAUACAUAUAGUGUAGUGUUGUGAACACUUGUAAAUAACAUGUUACUAAAAACACACUUGCAGGCUGCAUUGAGCACAGUGUUGUUUCAAUGACUGGAAGUGAUAUUAUGUUCACAUAUAAUAAAGAUAUUUCUAAGUGCACUUCUCUAUGCUGCAUUCAUACUGUAUAGUUUUAUAUCCAUGGAUGGAAGUGAUAGUCAUUAUGAAUAUUCAUUUAGUGAGGUGUUUAAGAAGAAUUAUCAUAAAGUUGUUACUAAGAAUACCACUUGCUAUCUGCUUUCAGUUGAUUGUUAAUAGCACUGAAUGAAAGUGAUCCUUACUUUGUAAAGCGUGUAGUAAAGUGUUUAGUGUUUAAAAACAUUUGUAAUGAAGAUACAUGUAUUUCUAUAAGCACUACUUGCAGGUUGUGUUCAAACCAGUUAUAUUACUGAAUAAAAGUAAUUCCUAUUUUUUAGUGAACAUAAUGAAGUGUUUAAGAAUGAUUGUAGCAAAGCUGUUUCUAAAAACUUUAGUGCAAAGUACAUUCAGAACAGUUUUAAACAAGUGAAUGGGAAUGGGCUCUAUUAUGUAAUGUAUGAAGUAAUUAAGCACAUUUGUAGUAAUGAUGUUUGUGAGACUGCCACUUGCAAGAUGCAUUGAGAAUUGUGCUAUAUCAGUGACUGGAAGUCACUGCAAUAAUAAGUGCAGUGAUGUAAUUCAGUCCACAUUGCAUUGUAUGAAUAUGUUUCUUGAGACUGUUAUUGGGAAGCUGAUUUCAGACCAGUGUUAUGAAAGUGAACAGAAGUGAUCCCAGUCUCUAAUGUAUAUAGGAAAUUUGAUAACAUUUGUAAUAAAAAUGUUUCUUAAAAUGUUACUUGCAUGCUGCAUUCACAUAGGGUUCUAUCAAUAAAAGGAAUUGAUCCUCAUUCUGGUAGUAACUUGUUUAAGAACGCUUGUAGUAAAGAUGUUCUAAUUUUGGUAUUUGCAUACUGCAUUCAAACCAGCUUUAUAUCAAUGAAUGUAAGUAAUCUCCUUUGUAUACUGUAGGUAGGGUAGUGAUUCAGAAUAUUUGUAAUAAGCAUAUUUCUACAAGCACAGCUUGUAGGCUCUGCUGUUCUCAUAUUUUAUCAGUGAAGGGAAAUAAUCCUCAUACUCGCCUAUAUGUAGUAGUUUACACACUUGUAAUGAAGAUGUUUAUAGCGAAUGCUACUUGCAAACUGCAUUCAGACCCAUGUGGUGUCAGUCAAUGUAGGUGACUCCCUCAUUCUAUAUGCAAGUAUUGAAGUGUUUAAGUGUACUUUAGUAAAAUGGUUCUACAAAUGCCACUCACCAGCUAGGAUUAGAUCACCGUGCUAUGAUGCAUUUUAUAUCAGUA